AUGGACAACAACUACAAUAGAAUAGUCAUAGGAAGAAUUAAUAAUAAUCAAUUGAGUAUACCAGAUAACUUAUUACGUUUUAUAUUAAGUUUCUUAAAGGAUACUGUUAGACAUCAUGAGACAACAUGGAAUCCAUUGGCUGCAACAUCUUUAGUCUCUACAUAUUGGAUGACACGUAUUGCCCCAAGAUCAAUCAACUCUCUCUCACUACUGGAGUAUAAUCUACAGUUCCUACACCAGUUCCCAGAGUCAGUGUGUCGCAUGAUAACCGGUGGCAGCACGACACAACAACAAUACAACAACCGACAACAUCUGAAUAAUAUAAGACAUAUGUUCAAUCUGAACAAGUUGACCAUCACCUUUGACCCCGUCAACUCGGCACUGACUCGCAUGUCUCGACAGAGCUUCGUGAACAUGGUCCGCGAGAUAGACAUCAACAACGUCUGGUGUCUUUCAAUCACCUCCAUCACACUGGUCAACAUCUCGGGCGGUGACCAGCUACGCUUCUUGCCUCUACUCGUCAAUCUAGAACGCCUUCGAAUCUAUCUCAUAAACUACAAUCGCAUCGCCAUCAACUGGAACCACAUGGUCAAGAACAAUCCGUCGCUACAACACAUCUCUAUCAAGUCGUCGUCCAAGACCAUCCAGCUGAUGGACAGCAUCGACAUCUCGUCCAUCCCCGAGAGGAUCAGCUCCUUCUCAUUGUCGGCCAGCAUGAUCGGCGUCAAGAACAAGAUUGUCAGCAGUAUGCGCAACAAUCUCAAUCUGCGCAAGCUCUACCUGGACAGCAUCGUCAUCAACUACCAAGGCCUGGCGCUACUACUACCCACGCUGGUCAACCUCGAGGAUCUCGCCUUGAUACAUAUCUACAAUCCGGCCAAAUGGAUGCACAUCAAUCGUCACGUGCUCAGUGGUCUGACCCAUCUUCGUCGUCUAUCAAUCGAUCAUAUCAUACCAGAGCCAGGCAUGACCAUACCACCUCAAAACUACAACAUACUCUAUGAGGAGCUGAUCCUUUUAUCCAGUCAAUUGGAGCGUUUAAAGUUAAAGAAUCUAGAGCUGGACCUAACGCAAUUCCUGCCAAUCCUCAGCUCAAUGACGAAGCUGCAGCGUCUCUCCAUCGAUGACACGAGCGAUGAGAUGGCCAUGGUGCUGGAUGCUCUCUGGCAACCUUCAAGCCUCAACAAACUAUCGAUCAACUCUAGUCGUACGCUACUUCCAGCGAUCGGCACACUAAUUGAAAGGACCAAGACGAUCAAUCACCUGUCCAUAUCAAACUUGGCACCAGAUGACAGUGAAUCACUUGUGCCCAGUCUCUUGAUGAACAGGUCGCUGGCAGAGCUGUGUGCCGAUCAUCUCAUGGACCAACAGGAUCGUCUACCAUUCGUCGUGCACAACAAGUCUAAAUUCCAGGCCAAACAACAGUCCAAGCAUCAUCACUAUGAGAACACUCUGUUGCAGAGGAUGUUCUACAUACUUCAGAAGCAUCAAGUACCUGCCAACGAUGACGAUGUUGACCCCAUCAUCCCGCCAAUCACUGGCGUCUCUACUACCAUACCAACCCCAAUACAAGGUGGACACAGCUUC